AUUUGUAUUCUCGACCACCACUCGCAUGUCAUCCAGGCUAUGAAAAAUACAUUUUUUACGUAGCUAGCUACUUUACGUAAAAGUGUUGCAUUUCGAAGGCCCAGGUGGAAGGAAGUCUUGACGGUGGUGGAUUAGUUCCUGACAGCAGCAGCAGGAGGGAAUGGUGGAAAGGGGUAUCAGACGAAAUAACAGGACCAUUUCCUAUCAAGACGGCCCAAUACAAAUAUUUUAUAGUAAGGAAAAAUCUUCAGCUUCACAAGCCCUGCCAUUACAGCCAGUCAACUGCAUAUAGCUCCUCUAGUUGAGAUGAAGCCUAGAAGAAGUCCUGCCUGGCCCAUCACAGAGUCUAUGCCGCUACCUUAAGCUUUAGAGGAGAGGAAUGAUGAAAUUAGAUAAAAAAUAAAGUGGAAGAGUGGAGGACCGCACCCCCCAGCAUCCCCCAAAAGCAGCAUGGCAGGACUCCAGCUGGUCACCCCCGCCUCCAAUCCCAUGGGGCCUUUCUUUGGUCUCCCGUGGCAACAGGAGGCCAUCCACGACAACAUCUACACGCCUAGGAAAUAUCAGGUUGAACUUCUUGAAGCAGCUCUUGAACACAAUACUAUUGUCUGCUUAAAUACUGGCUCAGGGAAGACUUUUAUUGCAGUACUCCUAACUAAAGAGCUCUCCCACCAAAUCCGGGGAGAUUUAGUCGAACAGGGGAAGAGGACAGUUUUCCUGGUGAAUGCAGCAUCGUCUGUGAUUCAGCAAGCAGCUAGUGUUAGGACCCACUCUGAUCUCCAGGUUGGAGAAUACAUGUGUGUGGAGAAGACCUCAUCAUGGUCCAGGGAAAAGUGGAGCCAAGAAAUGAUUGAAAAUCAGGUGCUCGUUAUGACGUGCCAUAUCUUCCUGCAUGUGCUGAAGAGUGGAGUGCUGCCACUAUGGAAACUCAACCUGGUGGUGUUUGAUGAGUGUCACCUGGCAAUCACGGACCAUCCCUACCGGGAGAUAAUGAAGCUAUGUGAGGGCUGUCCGUGCAGCCCUCGGAUCCUGGGCCUCACUGCAUCAAUUUUGAAUGGUAAAUGUGACCCGUCUGAACUGGAACAGAAGAUCCAGAACUUGGAGCGGAUCCUGCGGAGCAAUGCAGAGACAGCUACUGACCUUGUUGUCCUUGACAGAUAUGCCUCCCAGCCCAGAGAGGUGGUACUGGACUGUGGACCCUACCUGGACAAGAGCGGCCUUUCAGAGCAUCUACUGAGCGAGCUGGACGAGGCUCUCCACUUCCUCAACGACUGCAACAUACCUGUGCCUCGAGAGGACAGAGACCCCACCUUCAUAUCCAAACAGGUGCUGAGUGACUGCCGGGCGGUGCUGCUGGUUCUGGGGCCGUGGUGUGCCGACAAGGUGGCUGGCAUCAUGGUGAGGGAGCUGCAGAAGUACAUCAAACACGAACAGGAAGAGAUCAACAGGAAGUUCCUGCUCUUCACCGACACCAUCCUGAGGAAGGUCCACGCCCUGUGUGAGGAACUCUUCUCCCCGGCCUCUCUGGACCUGAAGUUUGUGACCCCGAAGGUCAUCCGUCUCCUGGAGAUCCUCCAUGAGUACAAGCCCUUUGAGAGGCAACAGUUUGAGAGUGUGGAGUGGUACAACAACCGCAACGAGGACAACUACGUGUCGUGGAGUGACUCGGAAGACGAAGACGAGGAUGAGGAGGUGGAGGUGAAGGAGAAACCCGAGGCUAACUUCCCCUCGCCGUUCACCAACAUCCUGUGUGGGAUCAUCUUCGUAGAGAGGCGCUACACGGCAGUCGUCCUCAACCGGCUAAUAAAGGAGGCAGGGAAACAGGACCCGGAGCUGGCCUACAUCAGCAGUAACUUCAUCACGGGACACAGCAUCGGAAAGAACCAGCCACGCAACAAGCAGAUGGAGGUGGAGUUCAGGAAACAGGAAGAGGUUCUGCGUAAGUUCCGUGCCCACGAGACCAACCUGCUCAUAGCGACCAGCAUCGUGGAGGAAGGGGUAGAUAUUCCCAAGUGUAACCUGGUGGUGAGGUUUGACCUGCCCACUGAGUACAGGUCCUACGUUCAGUCUAAAGGCCGAGCCAGAGCCCCUGUCUCCAACUACAUCAUGCUGGCUGAAAGUGAGAGGACCAAGACCUUCGAGGAAGACCUGAAGACCUACAAGGCCAUAGAGAAGAUCCUGAGAAACAAGUGUUCCAAGGCAGCGGGGGUCGGUGACUUUGAGGUGGAACCGGUGCAGGAUGAUGACAACAUCCUGCCUCCCUACGUGCUCCGCUCUGAGGAAGGAGGGCCCCGCGUCACCAUCAACACGGCUAUCGGACACAUCAACAGAUACUGUGCCCGUCUGCCCAGUGACCCGUUUACCCACCUGGCACCUAAGUGUAAGACCAAGGAGCUGAAGGAUGGGCGCUACCAGUCAACCCUCUACUUGCCCAUCAAUUCCCCUCUACGGGUGCCCGUCGCUGGGCCAAUCAUGAACUGUGCACGACUGGCAGAGAAGGCAGUGGCACUACUUUGUUGUGAAAAUCUUCACAAAAAAGGUGAGUUGGAUGACCACUUGAUGCCUGUGGGGAAAGAGACUGUGAAGUAUGAGGAGGAGCUGGAUCUCCAUGACGAGGAGGAGACCAGUGUUCCAGGCAGACCAGGAUCCACCAAGAGGAGGCAGUGCUACCCUAAAGCUAUACCAGAGUGUCUUCGGGACAGUUACCCUGUACCGGAGCAGUCUUACUACCUGUAUGUGAUUGGCAUGGUCCUCACCACCCCUCUGCCUGACGAACUCAACUUCCGCCGCAGGAAGCUCUACCCUCCAGAAGACACUACCAGGUGCUUCGGCAUCCUGACUGCCAAACCUAUACCUCGGAUCCCCCACUUUCCUGUGUACACGCGGUCUGGUGAGGUGACCAUCUCCAUGGAGCUCCAGAAGGCUGGGUUCACUCUGAGUGCUGUCCAGCUGGACCUGAUCACCAGACUACACCAGUACAUCUUCUCUCACAUCCUCCGCCUGGAGAAACCUGCUUUAGAGUUCAACCCCACGCAGGCCGACUCGGCCUACUGCGUUCUACCUCUCAAUGUUGUUGAGGAUUCCAACACUCUAGAUUUGGAUUUUAAAUUCAUGGAGGACAUAGAGAAGUCCGAGGCUCGUGUUGGCAUUCCUACCACCCAGUACACCAAGCAGAACCCCUUCACCUUCAAACUGGAAGACUACCAGGACGCUGUCAUCAUUCCACGGUAUCGUAACUUUGACCAGCCUCACCGUUUCUACGUGGCUGACGUUUACACAGACCUCACACCUCUCAGCAGGUUCCCGUCACCGGAGUACCAGACGUUUGCUGAGUACUACAAAACCAAGUACAACCUGGACCUGUCCAACGUAAACCAGCCACUACUGGACGUAGACCACACCUCCUCACGCCUGAACCUGUUAACCCCUCGUCACCUGAACCAGAAGGGGAAAGCCCUGCCCCUCAGCAGUGCAGAGAAGAGGAAGGCCAAGUGGGAGAGUCUACAGAACAAACAGAUCCUGGUCCCAGAGCUGUGUGCCAUCCACCCCAUCCCAGCCUCUCUGUGGAGGAAGGCUGUGUGUCUCCCCAGUAUCCUGUAUCGCCUACACUGCCUGCUCACAGCCGAGGAGCUGAGGGCCCAGACAGCCAGCGACGCUGGAGUAGGAGCCCAGACCCUGCCCUCUGACUUCAGGUAUCCAAACCUGGACUUUGGAUGGAAGAAAUCCAUCGAUAGCAAGUCAUUCAUCUGUCUGCGUGAUGAGGAUGAGGAAGAGGAGGAGGAAGAGGACAGCGGUGACGAUAACUGUAAACAGCAGGGCCAGACUGUAGCCCCUGACCCUGGACUUGCUGCUGCUGUUUCCCAGCAACCCUGUAGUGACUGUCAUGUCUCUUCUCGGCCUGAGGGGUGCGACAUCCACCAACGCCCCGAAGAUGACAUUCCAGAGGACGAGGAGCCCCAGCAGCCAGACUCCGCCUCCUGCACUAGCAUCCUCGCUAACGGCACUGCCCCCAUUGCCAAUGACAACGGUGACCACGGCGACCAUUCACACCUUCACGACGGACGUGACAACUGCCAAUGUCUCCCGGCUGGUUCUGGUUUGCCACUGGAGAACGAAAAAGAAGUAUCAACAACACAAACCACUACCUCAGUUCUUCCUGUGCAGCCCUCUCUUAGCAUCGAGAACCAGAAUCUAACCCCAACACCCCCCCAGCCCCAGCCAGGGACCCAGCCUCCACCCCCUUACCCCCAGCCAGGGAACCAGCCUCCACCCCUCAGCCCGGGACCCAGCCUCCACCAGCCUCAGCCCCAGCCAGGUACCCAGCCUCAACCCCCAGCCCGGGACCCAUCCUCCACCUUCUCAGCCCCAGCCAGGUACCCAGCCUCUACCCCCUCAGCCCCAGCCAGGGACCCAGCCUCUACCCCCUCAGCCCCAGCCAGGGACCCAACCUCCACCCCCUCAGCCCCAGCCAGGGACCCAGCCUCCACCCCCUCAGCCCCAGCCAGGGACCCAGCCUCCACCCCCUCAGCCCCAGCCAGGGACCCAGCCUCCACCCCCUCAGCCCCAGCCAGGGACCCAGCCUCCACCCCCUCAGCCCCCGCCAGGGACCCAGCCUCCACCCCUCAGCCCCAGCCAGGUACCCAGCCUCCACCCCCUCAGCCCCAGCCAGGGACCCAGCCUCCACCCCCUCAUUCCCAGCCAGGGACCCAGCUUCCACCCCCCCAGCCCCAGCCUAGCGAUGAAUGUAGACCAGGGAGGACCUCAGAGCUCCGUGAGGGCGACGGACACCACAUGAAUCAAGCUACCUCAGACUGCUGCAGCCCAGCAACGAUGACGGGGCCCGCCAGCACAGCUCCCAUCACCACAACACCUUUACCUGACCCCUCAGAGCCCCUAGAGACCCAGGAGAUCACCACCAGCAGCUCUGUAGUGGGGGAUACCCUUGGCCCCUGCUCCAAGACCCUGGGGCCCAACCCUGGGCUCAUCCUUCAGGCCCUGACCCUGUCCAACGCCAGUGACGGCUUCAACCUGGAGCGUCUGGAGAUGCUGGGAGACUCCUUCCUGAAGCACGCCAUCACCACCUACCUGUUCUGUACCUACCCCGAUGCACACGAGGGACGACUCUCCUACAUGAGGAGCAAGAAGGUGAGCAACUGUAACCUGUAUCGUCUGGGAAAGAAGAAAGGUCUUCCUUGCAGGAUGGUGGUGUCCAUCUUUGACCCACCGGUCAACUGGCUGCCUCCUGGCUACGUGGUCAACCAGGACAAGAGCAGCGAAGACAAAUGGGACGAGGAUGAGGCCAAAGAGGAGCUCCUGGCCAACGGUAGUGCUGGAGAGGAGUUGUGUGUAGAGGAACUAGGGGAGGAGGUUCUGGAGGAGGAUGAAGAUCUUAUGUGGAAGGAGCCUAAAGAUGAGGUCAACGUGGAGGACGACCUGGAGUACUACCAGGAGCACAUCAAGUUCAUCGACAACAUGCUCAUUGGCUCCGGUGCCUUCGGCAAGAAGAUUUCCCUCGGUACCUUCCCCCCUGCCCCCGCCACCCCUGGCCCAAGUCCCAGCCCCUCCGCCCGUUCCUCCUCCCCUGCAGCCGAGCCCAGCUACGGGGAGUGGAAACCCCCCAAGAAACCUGGUCCGGUCCCCACCCCCCACUACCCCUCAGAGCCUAGCGGUAGUGGCUCAGCAGAUGAGUUUGACUACAGCUCGUGGGAUGCCAUGUGUUACCUGGACCCUAGCAAGGCAGGGGAGGAGGAUGAUUUCGUGGUGGGUUUCUGGAACCCGUCGGAGGAGAACUGUGGGGCGGAGUUGGGGAAACAGUCUAUCUCCUAUGACCUGCACACAGAGCAAUGCAUCGCUGACAAGAGCAUCGCUGACUGUGUGGAGGCAUUGCUGGGCUGCUACCUCACCAGCUGUGGGGAGAGGGCUGCUCAGAUGUUCCUCUGCUCACUGGGACUCAAGGUGUUACCGGUUGAGAGGAGGAGGCUGAAGGAGAAGGGCGGUGUCAUAGAGGUCGUGAACCUUGACCUCCAGUAUGGCUGGCUGAAGAUCCCACCCCGCUGCAUAUUUGACCACCCGGACGCCGAGCUCACCCUCAACCACCUCAUCUCUGGCUUUGAGAAUUUUGAGAGGAAGAUCAGCUACACCUUCCAGAACAAAGCCUACCUGUUGCAAGCCUUCACACAUGCCUCCUACCAUUACAACACCAUUACUGAUUGUUACCAGCGACUAGAGUUUCUUGGCGAUGCAAUUUUAGACUACCUCAUAACGAAGCACCUUUAUGAAGACCCGCGCCAACACUCUCCUGGCGUGCUCACAGACCUGCGCUCGGCGUUGGUCAACAACACUAUCUUCGCCUCCCUGGCCGUCCAGUACGACUUCCACAAGUACUUCAAGGCUGUGUCGCCCGAGCUGUUUCAUGUCAUCGACGACUUUGUGCAAUUCCAGCUGGAGAAGAACGAAAUGCAAGGCAUGGACUCUGAGCUUCGGCGCUCAGAGGAAGACGAGGCGAAAGAGGAGGACAUUGAGGUCCCCAAGGCAAUGGGAGACAUAUUUGAGUCACUAGCCGGAGCAAUUUACAUGGAUAGCAGAAUGUCACUGGAGACAGUGUGGCAAGUGUAUUAUCCAAUGAUGAGGCCACUUAUAGAGAAAUUCUCGGCUAAUGUCCCUCGCUCUCCGGUGCGGGAGCUAUUGGAGAUGGAGCCUGAGACAGCCAAGUUCAGCCCUGCGGAGCGGACGUACGACGGGAAGGUCCGUGUGACAGUGGAGGUCGUGGGCAAGGGCAAGUUCAAAGGCGUGGGCCGCAGCUACCGGAUCGCCAAGUCUGCUGCCGCGCGCCGGGCCCUGCGCAGCCUCAAAGCCAACCAACCUCAGGUCCCAAACAACUGAGCUUCACACGCUAACUAGCUAGCUACUGAUGCUAGCUACUGAUGCUAGCAACUGACGCUAUCUACCGACAACUGUCGCUAGCCAGUAGCCACUGAUGCUAGCUUGCUACUGAUGUUAGCUAGUCGCCACUGAUGCUAACUACUGACGCUAACCAGUAGCUACCAGUGCUAGCAACUGAUGCUAGCUACCAACACAGUGCAGCAUUAGUCCUGUAUCUUCAGCCCUCAAUGGCACAACCAAGGCAGCCAGGGAACGUUCUGUGGAGACAUGGGGAAGUCACAACGAGAGCUGAUCUAGUUGUAACGGAUUUCACAUUUUAUUUUACAUUUUUUGCAAACACAAUCUUUCCUUUCAUUCUGUUCUCUGCUUUGUGUAAUCACAAGAGUGCUUUAUUAACGUAUAGCAAAGUGUUAAAAAGAAGAAAAAAAGGUCAGGUGUUGCUUUUGUUAAUUUCUCACUUUUUAUUUUUAUUUAUUUUACUUUUUGUUUGUUUAACCUUUGCUUUGUGUCAGUGAGAUGUUAGGCGUAUGCGUAUUAUGAGUAGUAUUAGAUUUGUACAUAGUUCAAAUCAAAGGUGUAAAUCUAAAAACGCUAUACUCCUCAGUCUGUGCACUCGUGCCAGUUUUAAAGCGGUUUUUAAAAUGCUAUUGCUAAGGAAAUGGCAAGCAGAGGCCAGACCACCAGUGAAGACGACCAGUGUGGCCCACCUCUGUCUGAAACUCUGUCUUGAGAUGCUAUUCUUAGGAUGCGUCUAAAAUGGCACCCUAUCCCCUAUAUAGGACCAUAUGGCCCUGGUCAAAAGUAGUGGACUAUAUAGGGAAUAGGGUGCCAUUUGGGACGUACCCUCAAUCAUUAUUGCACUUAUUCCAUUAGGGUCUGUUAUGUUCAGAAUUGUGUGGUCGGAUUGGACAACAAAAUCCUAUAUGUAACAAAAAUAUAUAUAUACAUUUAUGAUGAAAUAUAAAUAUUAUUUGCCUUACAUACUAAGGCUCUCCCUCGUAUCCUGAAAAAAAGAAUAGGAAUUCAACAUUCCCGCUUACUGUAAAUUUAAAAAAUAGUUUUAAACAGCACUCGAGGAUGCAUGUUCGUGUAGCUUAUGUAUUAAUAACCAUGGCAACUGGAUGGCUUAUAUAAACAUUUAUAAAUCUAUCAAUAUAUCUAGAGGGAAAGAGAUAUGAAAUGUUUAUUAUUAUGGCAUAAGUCGACAACUUUAGUCUCAAGUAAUGUCUUUUGAUACCAAGAUUGAUCAUCUUUAUUUUGUUGGUCAUUUUGUAAGACUCAGAGCACCUUUUGAGUACAGUCUUUAGGACACAGGUUGUUCUUCUUUUUCAACAGAAUCGUGGUUCACACAUCCCUUCACUUUACCAAAGCUAAUACAGAUGUGACUCUACGGGGUUGCACAUGUGAAGUCAGUUCCUAGGGAUAUGCACACCAGCCUUUUUGUUUAAUGAUUUACUUCAAACACAUUGUGACGUAGCGUCCACGUUAUGUGACUACAUAGCCUCUUAGACUAAAUGUCUUUUAUUUUCUCUCAAUAGUAUCAAUAAGCCCUCUUCACUUGAAUACCUCAGUUGAUUGCAUGCAUUUGUUUUUGGUGCUAUGUUUUGUGUUGUAUUAAGCUUGAAUUUCUCAUCCUUUUUGCACUGUAACUAUAAUACCUCUUUCUUUGACCUUUUUGAAAUCUGUCAGUUGGGUUGGUUGUCCUGUUCUAGCAGCCUUCAAGCUGUAGUGGUUCAGUUGCAUCGAUGUUUUCUUUGUUUUUCUUCUCUCCCUGCCCAAUUGAUUUAAUGCUUGAUGAUUUGGUGGGGUAAAUCCAGAGGGUAUUCUCAUUCUGCACAUACAUGGGCCUAAACGAAUGUCUUCCUUCUCUGUUGAGCAUCAGUCCUCUUCAAAGGAAGAAGACAUGAAUUGGCCAUGAUCAGAUGGAGGGGGCCUCCUGUACUGUAGCUUGUUGAAGUAAACCGAUUGCACUCUAUAUCUCUCACCGUGUGUGGCCAGCGCAGUCUUAGUGUAUGUCCAAGGCCUUUGCAAGACUACUUCGGAUUCAGCCUUUUACGAUUGUCACAUGUCACACUGUGCGAUGUUACCAAAUUAAAAUCUUGAUAUCAACCUUGUCAGAUUGUAAGAUUUUCUUCAGUUCUGUCGUCACAUUCUGCGAUUUGACUUGAGGCUACGUCAACUACAGCAGUGUAAAAACUGAAAGUCUGCAUAGUUUUAACAAGCAACCUUUAUAUUUCCACUCAAUCAAAUCUGCUUCCCCAAAAUAGCGUGGUCUCUGUGGUAGAACGUUUAUUUUGAUUGGCGAUUUGGUGCAUUUAUCAAAUUCCCAUUAGGUAGCCCGAUUUCAGCCUUGUCAUGUAAACAAGAAUAUUAGGGAAAUCAUUCUUCUUACACAGCAUAUACAUGUUUAAAUGGAACUGUUAUAGUAAUCUGACUAUUCACAAUAAUCGUAUUAUUGUGUGCCGUGUUCCUAUUGGUCAUUUACCGGAAUCAGCUCGUACCACCAGCCACUCUACACCGAGCCUACGACCGUCAGCACGUAGCGGUACUUAAUCGGCAGACCUGUCAUACAGAACGAGCCAAGCCGUCCGACAAUCGUUUACAACGGUGUGAAAGUGUCUGGAACAGCAAAAUUGUGGCUGAAAACGGCUGGAUUUGUACAGUCUGUGGGGGGCUUAAGAUUCUAAGAUUCUUUCUCACUCGAAAAUGGCAUUCCUCACAGAUGUUUCAUUAUUUAUCCUGUACACCUGUAUUGUCCUAAAACAGUGGGUUGUGCAAGAAACUGAAUUAAAUAAUUAAUGGUUCCUAAAGUUGAUGAAUGAAUUAGGAGGUUUGAAGAGGAUUAUAUGGUGUUAUAUUUAAUAGAUAUACAGUUGAAUUCGGAAGUUUACAUACACUUAGGUUGGAGUCAUUAAAACUCAUUUUUCAACCACUCCACACAUUUCUUGUUAACCAACUAUAGUUUUGGCUUGUCGGUAAGGACAUCUACUUUGUGCAUGACACAAGUCAUUUUUCCAACAAUUGUUGACAGACAGAUUAUUUCACUUAUAAUUCACUGUAUCACAAUUCCAGUGGGUCAGAAGUUUACAUACACUAAGUUGACUGUGCCUUUAAACAGCUUGGAAAAUUCCAGAAAAGUAUGUCAUGGCUUUAGAAGCUUCUGAUAGGCUAAUUGACAUAAUUUGAGGCAAUUGGAGGUGUACCUGUGGAUGUGUUUCAAGGCCUAACUUCAAAUUCAGUGCCUCUUUGCUUGGCAUCAUGGGAAAAUCAAAAGAAAUCAGCAAAACCAUCAAAAAAAUUUGAGACCUCCACAUGUCUGGUUCAUCCUUGGGAUCAAUUUCAAAAACGCCUCAAGGUACCACGUUCAUCUGUACAAACAAUAGUACGCAAGUAUAAACACCAUGGGACCACGCGGCCAUCAUACCACUCAGGAAGGAGACGCGUUCUGUCUCCUAGAUUUGAAUGUACAUUGGUGCGAAAAGUGCAAAUUAAUCCCAGAACAACAGCAAAGGAUGUUGUGAAGAUGCUGGGGGAAACGGGUACAAAAGUAUAUAUCCACAGUAAAACGAGUCCUAUAUCGACAUAACCUGAAAGGCUGCUCAGCAAGGAAGAAGCCACUGCUCCAAAACCGCCAUAAAAAAGCCAGACUACGGUUUGCAACUGCACAUGGGGACAAAGAUUGUGCUUUUUGGAGAAAUGUCCUCCGGUCUGAUGAAACAAAAAUAGAACUGUUUGGCCAUAAUGACCAUCGUUGUGUUUGGAGGAAAAAGAGGAUGCUUGCAAGCCGAAGAACACCAUCCCAACCGUGAAGCAUGGGGGUGGCAUCAUCAUGUUGUGGGGGUGCUUUUCUGCAGGAGGGACUGGUGCACUUCACAAAAUGGAUGGCAUCAUGAGGAUGGAAAAUGAUGUGGAUAUAUUGAAGCAACAUCUCAAGACAUCAGUCAGGAAGUUAAAGCUUGGUCGCAAAUGGGUCUUCCAAAUGGAAAAUGACCCCAAGAAUACUUCCAAAGUUGUGGCAAAAAGGACAACAAAGUCAAGGUAUUGGAGUGGCCAUCACAAAGCCCUGACCUCAAUCCUAUAGAAAAUGUGUGGGCAGAACUGAAGAAGCGUGUGUGAACAAGGAGGCCUACAAACCUGACUCAGUUACACCAGCUCUGUCAGGAGGAAUGGGCCAAAAUUCACCCAACUUAUUGUGGGAAGCUUGUGUAAGGCUCCACCAAAACAUUUGACCCAAGUUAAACCAUUUAAAGGCAAUGCUACCAAAUACUGAUCGAGUGAAUGUAAACUUCUGACCCACUGGGAAUGUGAUGAAAGAAAUAAUUCUCUCUACUAUUAUUCUGACAUUUCACAUUCUUAAAAUAAAGUGGUGAUACUAACUGACCUUAGACAGGGAAUUUUUACAAGGAUUAAAUGUCAGGAAUUGUGAAAAACUGAGUUUAAAUGUAUUUGGCUAAGGUGUAUGUAAACUUCCGACUUUAACUGUACAUCUCAUGUAUGCCUCUGAGGCUUUCCGUCAGCAUGGCAACUCAUAAAAUCCUACCAUAGGUAAACUACCUCAGAAGACACUGCACUCUGCUCAUUGCCAGGCCCUAUGUCUUAUUUAAAUAUACUGUAUAUCAGUACAAAUAAACUUUUUUUUUCAGGACAAGACCAAUUUGAUGAAUAUCUAUGGCAGUGACAUAUAUGCUUAAGUCGUUUUACUGUGACAUCUGUACUUAGAACAAUCUAAUAUACACUAGCGUUCAAAAAUGUGGGAUCACUUAGAAAUGUCCUUGUUGUUGAAAGAAAAGCUAAAAUGUUUUGCCCUUUCAAAUAACAUCAAAUUGAUCAGAAAUACAGUGUAGACAUAGUUAAUGUUGUAAAUGACUAUUGUAGCUGGAAACGGCAGAUUUGUAAUGGAAUAUCUACAUAGGCCUACAGAGGUCCAUUUUCAGCAACCUUCACUCCUGUGUUCCAAUGGCACUUUUUGUGUUAGCUAAACCAAGGUUUGUCAUUAUAAAAUACUAAUUGAUCAUUAGAAAACCCUUUUGCAAGUAUGUUAGCACAGCUGAAAACUGUUGUACUGGUUAAAGAAGCAAUAAACCUGGCCUUCUUUAGACUAGUUGAGUAUAGAGAUGACUCCGGGAUGAUGGCCUUCUAGGCAGAGUUCCUCUGUCCAAUGUCUGUGCUCUUUUGCCCAUCUUAAUCUUUUCUUUUUAUUGGCCAGUCUGAGAUAUGGCAUUUUCUUUGCAACUCUGCUGAGAAGGCCAGCAUCCCAGAGUCGCCUCUUCACUGUUGACGUUGAGACUGGUGUUUUGCGUGUACAAUUUACUGAAGCUGCCAGUUGAGGACUUAUGAAGCAUCUGUUUCUCAAACUAGACACUAAUGUACUUGUCCUCUUGCUCAGUUGUGCACUGGGGCCUCGCCCGUUUGCGCUGUUCUGUGAAGGGAGUAGUACACAGUGUUGUACGAGAUCUUCAGUUUCUUGGCAAUUUCUCACAUGGAAUAGCCUUCAUUUCUCAGAACAAGAAUGGCUUGACGAGUUUCAGCAGAAAGUUCUUUGUUUCCUGCCAAUUUGUGCCUGUAAUUGAACCUACAAAUGCUGAUGCUCCAGAUACUCAACUAGUCUAAGGCCAGUUUUAUUGCUUCUUUAAUUAGCGCAACAGUUUUCAGCUGUGCUAACAUAAAAUGAUUAACUUGCAAUGUCUACACUGUAUUUCGGAUCAAUUUGAUGUUAUUUGAAAGGACAGAAAAUUUGCUUUUCUUUAAAAAAACAACCCCAAACUUUUGAACAUGGUGUGUAUAUAUAUAUAUAUAUAUAUAUAUAUAUAUAUAUAUAUAUAUAUAUAUAUAUAUCAUAAUUAUUUGCACUGAUAAACAACAUUCCCUCAGUUACUUGUAUCUAUUUGAUGACUUAUAUCUUUGACAGACAAAUAACGCAAACUAAAAUGGUGCCUUUCAACUUAUCGUAUCCUAAUCAAGCGAAUACUGCAACUAUUGUCUCGAAGGUUCAGAAAACUUGCCUACAGUAGCUGCAACGAGCCAAGCACUGUUUGUUCAUAGUAGGUAUGUGUAUGUAUGCAUUACUAUUAACCUGGUGCCAUACAUCAUUUGGUUUCUGAACUUUGGUGUAGCCAUGUAAAUAUGUGAAAAUAUACUAUACUUGCUAAAUGUAUACUUUAUUGACAACAUCAUUCCACUCACGUGUGACUUAAAGGGGGAGGUUUUUACUAAAACUACAGUGGUAGAUAUUCUGACAGUUUUUGUUUUAUAUCAUAUAGUUUGACAUCGUAUAGAGUGCAAUCUGGAUUCACGCUCUCAAGCAACAGUUGUGUGACCCCGAACUACAACAGCAAAUGUAACAUUCUUCUAUAUAUUUUUUUUAUACAUCUUUUUAAAUUAUUAUCAUUAUUAUUAUUAUUAUUAUGUGUAUAUUUUUAGUUUAUAAAAAUUUGUUCCCAAAAUGUGGAAUUUCAAAGUGCGCACACAAUGUUUCAUGUGGGGGAGAUUACUUAACAAGAAUGUGAAAUCACUCAUAUGGUGCCACAACCACACUGCUUUUUUUUUUCUCACGGAUGAAUUUACACCCUUAAGAAGUGCUAAUUCAAGCUAAAUGUUGCAGCAUGAUGCAUUGCCUCCAACCUGAGUCUUAGUAAAGGUGUUUUAUGGAAGUGUAGUUAUAAAAUUGGCCUCAAUCAAUUGCAAACUGGCAACGGAUAAUCAUUUUUUGUUUUCUUUUUCUUUUUGUAUAUGUAGCACAAUUGAGCAUUGCACUUGGGCGCCAUACUUUACCUCAUGUCAGAGAAAGAGUUGAAAAAAUUAAAAGUGUAGGUUAUGUCAUGGUUCUGUGACGAGGAGGGAUAACUUGUGGUUUAGGCUUUGCUGGUAUUUUACAAUUGUAUUUAAGAGGCAAUGGAUGAGAAUUCUACAAUGUGCAUACAGCAGGAUACCAUCUGAUGAAAGCACUGUAGUAAAAGAUAUCUACAAUAGAUCAGGGGCUAAAACGUAUGUGUUGUGUAUACCUUAAAUGUAAUUAUUUGAAUAUUGAAUUGUAAUGUAACCCAUAAACUACCAUGUCCUCUGAUAGGCAUGACUUGAAUUAUGUUUGGUCCACUAUCCCCCCCAGCUAGAUUAUGUUUGACUAGAUCCACAUGGUUUAGUGCAUGUCCAAUAGAAAGUUACCCCUACUCCACAUUUUUUAUUUUGCGUAAUGUACUAUUAUGAUUUCAAUCUAAAAAACCUAACAUUUUCCAGACCCUAUACAUUUUUAACAAGGGCUGGUAUAUUGGACAAGGAGUAAAAGUGUUGUUGUUUUUUUGUUAAAAGAAAAAAAAUAUAUAACUUCUUGGAUGACAAAAUGUACAUUAAAUGAAAUAAAUCAAAUGCACUCUUUAUAGCAACAAGUUGCUUGCUGGUGGGUAGCGAAACCGGUGGAUAGUCUGGACCGGCAGGGACUUUUAGGAAUGAACUUGUGAGAAUGUCAUUGUCACCAAACAGCGGAACACCAGCAGAAUUGAACGGAAUGGAGUGGAACACUUGUUGAUGCACUGAUUUCAGUAUGGGGAAAUAUGGGCCAUUACAACCUGCAGCGGAAUUUUAAGGGACAUGGAAAAGAAAAAACCUCCACUAAUGCUGUAAUAUCAUGCUGCAGUGGGUUGAGGUCUGCACCUUAUGGAUCACAAUUACCUUUAAUAUUCAUUUUUUGUUUUGGUUCUCUUUUGUAAUAAUUGUAGCUGAGAUUAUCUACAAUAAAGUUAUGGUAUGGUCGUUCA